UCUAAACAUGGCGGAUGAGCACGAGUGGACUUUCGAGGAAUUAGGGAUUACAUCUUGGUUAGUCAAGCAGUGCGCCGCAAUUGGGAUCAAAAAACCAACAGAGAUUCAAGCUAAAUGUAUUCCAGAAAUUUUAAAAGGCCGAGAUUGUAUUGGUUGUGCGAAAACAGGUAGCGGGAAAACUGCUGUUUUCGCUUUGUCCAUAUUACAGCAUCUCUCUGACGAUCCUUACGGAAUAUUUGCGUUAAUUUUAACACCCACGAGGGAAUUAGCUUUUCAAAUUGGUGAUCAGUUCAAGGCAAUGGGCAAACCAAUAAACCUACAGACUUCUAUUAUCACGGGGGGAAUGGACAUGAUGGCACAAAGUCUAGCCCUUGCCAAGCAACCACAUGUUGUCAUAGCAACUCCAGGUCGAUGUGCAGACCAUUUGCAAAGUACAGACACUUUUAAUCUACUCAUCAAGUACUUGGUUUUGGAUGAAGCUGACCGCCUCCUUGAAGACAAUUUUGCACCAGACUUAGAAGUGAUUGAGAAUAUUGCUGUAAAACGACAAACUUUGUUUAGUGCAACUUUAAAUGAUACAAUCAUAGAGCUACGAAAGAUCACUUCAACUGACCCAUUUUGUUACAGCAUUGAAAAUAAGGUGGCAACUGUUGCUGAACUGGACCAGCGAUAUCUUCUAAUCCCAGAUCAAGUGAAGGACUGUUACAUGGUUUACAUACUUCGUGAACUUACUGACGACAAGUCUGUUAUUGUGUUCACAAAAACAUGUCAUAGUUGUCAAGUUUUGGCUGUUAUGUUUCGAAGAAUUGAACUGCCAUGUGUAACUUUACAUUCCUUGAUGUCACAAUCAGAACGUUUGUCUUCUUUGGCAAAAUUCAAGACUGGAAUUGUUAAAAUACUUGUUGCCACUGAUGUUGCUAGCCGGGGAUUGGAUAUUCCAGAAGUUGAGCUGGUAUUAAAUGCAAACAUACCCAGAUCCCCGGAUGAUUAUAUACACAGGGUAGGAAGAACUGCGCGUGCCGGACGUGGGGGCCUGGCACUGAGUCUACUUACGCAGUACGAUAUCAAAGCUCUGCAAAGAAUCGAAGAAAGAAUUGGAGUUAAGUUGAGCUCUUUCGAUACGACAGAAAAAGAAGUUUUAAGAUAUUUGAAAGGAGUUUUAGUCGCGAAACGUGAGGCUGAAUUGAGAGUUAAAGACAGUGGUUUAUUUGAUAAACGAAACAUUCAAAAACAGAAACGGGCUAUUUUACAAGGUUUUGCUUCUAAUUCUAAACGUAAAAGAAAAAGAUUUAGCUUUGAGAUCUAUGUAGUGUAUCUGAAAACUGUUGCGGGAACUCAAUGAUACGUCUAGAAGACAGAACUUUAAUGUGCGUCAUUUCAAGAACAUUUCUAGAAGACAGAACUUUAAUGUGCGUCAUUUCAAGAACAUUUCUAGAAGACAGAACUUUAAUGUGCGUCAUUUCAAGAAUAUUUCUAUAAGACAGAACUGUGUCAUAAAUAUAUUGAAAACUCUAAGUCACGGACAUUUUCUAAUCAACUUUAACAAUAAAAACCACGUUUUCAA